ACACAGACGUACUAAAACCAAUGCAUCAAACCAAUGCACUGCUUGGAGUGUGAUGCGUCAGCAGUACAUUCACGUUUCCACUGAAGGACAAAAAGAAGAGCAGGCAUGUAAGCCUGCAUCCCGGGUGCCUGUUACUGCACCACGGAACAUAGCAAAAAAACAUCGGAGCACAGAGGGAGGAAGGUGUUCUAACCAAGGGCCAGUGAGGUUCAAAAUAAAAAGGACAGAAAGGAGGGAGCAAGGGAAGAUGUUGGCAUGGGGAGCCCCUUUUCCCUAGCCUUAGCGCUCGUCCACCAGCUCGAGCAGGACAGCUGUGCAGCUGACAAGGGUGAGAGCACUAACUCUGCACUGAGCUCAGGGCACUGCAGCGCUAUACGGUUACUUCUCUGAUCAACACAACGUCACAGACAGGGGGGAGAAACGCUCUCUCUUUUUUCUCUCAUUCCAGGGAGAGAGAGCGCACGCUCGAAAGCGGGAGAGAGCGAAGGAGAACGAGGCAGAGAGAGAGCGAUCACUCUACAGUGAACGAGCCUUCUUACGGAGCUGCCUCUGCACUGGUACCCCCCUUUAUACCUUCCCUGGACUCGUCAUCAACUUCUUACAGAAAAAUUUAAGGAUUAUCAGGAAGCAUGUAGAAAGAACCCUGCAGCCUUCGCAGCAUGCAAGCGUGAGUGCACGGAGAAAGAACACGGAGCCACUUAAAAGAAAUGCGCUAAUGACCGCAGUGUCAGUCUUUUCAGGUGGACAAGGUGCUGACAAAUCGAGCAGACAAAACAUACUGAGAGAGAGGGAGACGGACAAAGUAAACAUGUGUGAGCAGUCCUCUAUGAAGACACAGGCAUUUAGUAGCAGCAUCAAGUGGAGGUAUCCAAGGACAAGCAUCUGUGGAUAGUUUGAGAGCGAGCGCUUCUAUAGGAGCCAAACUGGAGUGGUACUUUUGCCUGAAGCUCUGAAGCCCUGCAGAGCUGCUAAACGUCUCCUCGGAUGCUCCUCUGUGGAUUUAUUAGGGGCCAUUUUGGCAUUCAUCUCUUGUUUUCUGACAAAUGAAAAAAGAGAAGAUGUUGCUUGUCAUGGGAAUAUAGGAAUUUGAGGGAAAAAAUCUAUUUUGUGAUUGCAAAAAUUGGACGUGUAAAACCUUUGAGGUAGGUGUUGAGCCUUUCCAAACCCUUUUUUAUACAUAAAAUAUAUCCCCUCAUUUUAUUUGAUUCAUUAUUCCUUGGGUUUUCAGUUCUCCAUUUUUACUCAAGUACUUGUCACUGAACGUUUAGCCUCCAGUUCAGUAAAUGGAAAAACAAUCUAGAGUGUUGUUUAACCCAGGGUAGGGCUUCAUUAGUCAGAGGUGAACCCCACCCCUUCCCCCCACUUACUACCCCCCUCUCCCCAACCACCAUCAUCACCCCACAACCCCACCCCCCAGACGAUGCUGAAUUAUGAAUGUGCCACAUCAUGAGUCUCCUGGGGCGGGUAGCUGUGCAUCGAGCCAGGAAAGCCGCCCUGCUCUGUGUCCUGUUCCUCAUGGUUCAACCGUGCAUGGAGGUGGCGGCCGCGGCAGGGCCCCAGGGCUGCCCGACUGAUUGCUCCUGCAACAACCAGCUCAGCAAGGUGGUGUGCACCAGGCGUGGGCUCACUCGUGUACCACCAGGUAUACCCAGCAACACCCGACACCUAAACCUGAUGGAGAAUGCCAUCGAGGCUGUGCAGGCCGACUCUUUCCGCAAUCUCCAUCACCUGGAGGUACUGCAGCUGGGCCGCAAUGCAAUUAGACAGAUUGAAGUGGGUGCCUUCAGUGGACUGACUAAUCUCAAUACACUGGAACUAUUUGAUAACCGGUUGACAGUGGUGCCAAGUGGGGCAUUUGAGUAUCUGUCCAAGCUGCGAGAGCUGUGGCUGAGAAAUAACCCCAUUGAAAGCAUCCCAUCAUAUGCAUUUAACCGAGUGCCAUCCCUAAUGAGAUUGGACCUGGGUGAACUGAAGAAACUGGAGUACAUCUCAGAUGGGGCCUUUGAAGGUCUAGUCAACCUCAAGUACCUCAAUCUGGGGAUGUGCAAUAUUAGAGGGGAGAUGCCCAACCUGACGCCUCUGGUUGGGCUCGAGGAUCUAGAAAUCUCUGAGAAUCUCUUUCCUGAGAUUAAACCAGGUUCAUUCAGAGGACUAUCUUCACUCAAAAAAUUAUGGAUCAUGAACUCUCAAAUAGGGCUAAUUGAGCGAAAUGCAUUUGAUGACCUUGCCUCUUUGGUGGAGCUGAAUUUGGCCCAUAACAAUCUAAGCUCACUGCCCCAUGACCUCUUUACACCACUGAAAUUCCUGGUGGAAAUUCACCUCCACCACAAUCCCUGGAACUGUGGCUGCGACUCACUUUGGCUAGCACGUUGGCUACGCGAGUACAUACCGACGAACUCUACAUGCUGUGGCCGUUGUCACUCCCCUGCACACAUGAGAGGCCGCCAGUUGGUUGAGCUGGACCGAGGUGAUACAGGGGCAAUGCAGUGCUCCGCUCCUUUUAUCUCAGAUGCUCCAAGAGACCUGAAUAUUUCUGGUGAACGUGUGGCAGAACUGCGAUGUCGAACAGCAGCCAUGUCUGCUGUGCGAUGGCUCCUACCGAACGGGACAGUUCUAACUCACGCAUCAAGCCACCCACGGAUAACAGUGCUGAAUGACGGGACUCUGAACUUUUCGAACGUGCUAGCAGGUGACACGGGCAUGUAUACCUGCAUGGUGUCCAACGCGGCUGGAAAUUCCAAUGCUUCGGCCUAUCUAAACGUAAGUGCUGCUGAGCUCAACACGUCCAACCUCAGCUACUUAACCACAGUCACAGUGGAGGUGCUGAGCCCCGGAAAUGAAAUGCCCAAGCCUAAAACCACCACGACUACAGCAGGUGAUAGCACCACUACCACGGCCUCGCCAUCAGUCUUUCAGCCAGUUUUCAUCUCUACGCCGACAGUCCUGCUCCAGAGUACCGACACUCCACGAAAUCGCCCAUCUGUUGUACCUGGCUCAAAAGUGACGACAGGAAAACCUCCCAACCCAGCCAGUACCAGUCUGGAUGAGGUGAUGAAGACAACAAAGAUCAUUAUCGGUUGUUUCGUGGCAGUAACCUUGCUAGCAGCAAUCAUGUUAAUUGUAUUUUAUAAACUACGAAAGCGGCAUCAGCAGAGAAGCACAGUGGAUGCAGACAGAAGUGUGGAGAUUAUUCAGGUAGAGGAAGCACCGGCAUCUGCUGCCAAUAUGGCAGAGGAGGGGGGACGGACUCUACCAGAGAUAAGGGAUCAUAACAUUAUUUACAAACUGGACUACAACACCCACAAACCUAAAACAAACUAUAUGCACCAACCUACUUUGGAACACAUCUCUUACAAACUGACGGACUGUUCACACAAGUCAUUGCCAGAUUAUUACAUACACAAAAAAGAUGAGCAGAGCCCCUACAAACAUGGAUAUAGUUCUCAAAAACCUGAAUACAAAUCUCAUACUCCUAAACCAGACUUCAGUCCAUUCAAACCAGACUACGGUGUUCCAAAAUCCAAAACAAACUACAAUAUGCCUAAACUCAAAUCUGAUUGCAACCCCUACAAGACAGACAGCAGCCUUUUUAAACCGGACUUCAAUGCUUUCAAGUCAGAGUUCAGCUCCCUCAAAAAAGAAUACGUCAGUUGUGACUUCAGCCCUCAAAAGUACAAAAUGGAUUACAGUCCUCAAAACGUGGACAACAGCCCACAUAAGAUCAACUACAGCACCCUGAAACCCAAAUACAACACUUAUAAGCCACCGGGCCAUGGUGCCAAAUGGACAGAUAGCAACAGCAUUGGAAAUUCUUUGCCUCGAACCUUGCCCAGUGCUAUCACAGAUUCUCCUGAUGACCGUGUUAAAAAAACUCACACCAAGGAGAAAGUACAAGAGACUCAGAUAUAGUCUGGCCCACAACAAAACCGAACCUCAGUCAAAAUGACUCUCUCUCCCUAUAGGCCCACCCUCACAUGAGCAUUAAAACAUGCAAUAGAAUGCACAAAAGACGAGAAAAAAAAAGACAGGAACCACUUUUUUUUUUGUACAGAGUGCAAUUCUUAAAGACUGAUUGUUGUUGUACAUGCUUAUAAAUAAAUAUAUAUGGAAAAACUGAAACUACCAUGGGCUGGUAAUAGAAAAGCAGAUUAUAUAAAA